AACCCACUGAUUUAGUCGGACUUGAACAACACUGGUGUCAAAUCUGGAGACCACCAGCGGCCCCUCCAUGAGCUGCCAGCCCUACCUCCCCGUCUUCCUUCACCGAGCCGAGGCAGAAGGCCUCACCUCGACACCCCGGUCAGCUGACUCUCCAGAGCGGUGUGAGGAACAUGAAGAGAGCCUGUCUAUGUUCUGUUUGGAUGACCUGGAGCCUUUAUGCGAACAAUGUGCAGCUGUGAGCCAUGCAGGACACAGGGUUUACCUCCUGACUGAGGCUGCAACUGACUGCAAGGAGGAGCUCAGGACAUCACUAAAUGGACUGAAGAAGAAGAUAAUAUGCUUUGAGGUAGUCACACAGACCUGCCAACAUGUAUCCAGACAUAACCAGGCUGAGGCCAAACUCACAGAAGAUCACAUAAAGAAGGAUUUUGAGAGUCUUCACCAGUUUUUGAGAGAGGAGGAAGCAGCCAGGCUACUCGUGCUCAGGGAGGAACGGGAGGAGAAGAAGAGAGGGGCAGAAGAAGAGAUAGACAGAAUGAAUCAGGUGAUACAAUCUCUGGAAGAAAAGAUCCAACUGGUUGAAGAGGAGCUAGAUGCAGGUGGAGAUGGGGUUGGAUUUUUAGAGCACUACCAAGACACGAUGAGUAGCACACGUCACAGGGAGCCACAGAAGGUUUGCAGACCUCUAAUAGAUGUAGCCAAACACCUGGGUAACCUUCAGUAUGCCGAGUGGGAGAAGAUGAAACACAUCGCCCCGUACACUCCAGUGACCCUGGACCCCAGGACAGCUGGCCAGUCUCUGAAAGUGUCUCCUGGGUUAAACAGCUUCCAUAUUAACCCUGGACCCUCACAUGGGCUGGAACAGAGUCUGGAUCUUGCUGUCCCUAUCCCAGCUAACCCUGAACGUUUCCACCCUUAUUCCCGCAUCCUUGCGAGAGAGGGCUUUGAAUCAGGACUGCACUGUUGGGAUAUUGCGGUUGGUGCCACCAACAAUUGGACCAUCGGUGUGGCUGCUCAGUCAGUGUCCAGAAAGGCAGCGUUUGAGGUCUGUCCAGAGGCAGGACUCUGGUGCAUCAGCCUGCGAGAAGGCGAGUACCGAGCCCUGACCGCUCCCGCUCAGACACUAAACUCACACCAGCUCAGCAGGGUCCGUGUGAGGCUGGACUGGGAUGAAGGGACCCUGGAUUUCACGGACGCUGAUUCUGAAACACAUCUUUUCACGUUUAGACAUCGCUUUACUGAAAAGAUGUACCCAUUCUUUGAGAGCACAGCGUUGUGCGGGGGCUUUGCUGUGUUGGCAAAGAGAGUGAACAUCUGCGUGGGGUCAGAUUACGUCCCCGUGGAAGACACUGCUAUCACUGAGGAGGAUCAGGUAAUGAAAAGUGAAUCUUGCACUGAGGGAGACAUUAAUGCUUCAUCAACCAAAACCAGCAGCAAGAUAUUAGAGUGCGGACGUCUGACGGAAGACAAAAAAAUGCCGAUUUGUUCUAUAAGAGAGGAGAAGAAAACAAUACCUCAGAGAUGCACCACGAAGGACCAGCUCAUUAAAACAAAACCCGCUGGAAAGGAAAAGACGAACGACAACAAAACUGCUGCCAAAAAACGGAGCAGCAAGCCAAGGCUCAAUGUGACCUAUCAUGUUUCACUGAACAGAGCUCAACAACAUUGAACGUGAAUGACAAACAAAUCAUAACGUUAGUCCUAUUCGCAAAUACUUAGCAUACUAACACUGAAAUAAGAUAGGGAACAUGGUGACUUUAGCUUACAGCACCGAAAACAACCGCUGUGCCCAAGUACAGCCACUAGACUCUAGAGUCUUGUAUUAAAUACUUAUAAUUCAAGAAUUGAUAAGAUUGGAUUUUGUUUCUAAGCAGUGUGAUGAAAAAAUAUAUUUGCUGUGGGCUCAUCAGUAUUUAAAUCCUCUGAUAUUGUAUUACAUCCCAACAACAAAGGCUAAUAACGUGAGUUUUACUUGAAAUUGAAAGCUGAGUUUUAGCUCCAUUUGUUCUGUUUUGUUUCUUUUUUUUUUUAGAAGAUGAAUGUAAAACUCUUCAGUGUCAAGUGUUCAAAUGCAAUGCAAGAAAAAGAUGCAUUAAAUGUGUUAAAUAAUAUAAAGUUUAUUUCAUUGCAAAAAAAAACAAAAAACGGCAUCACAAUCAUAUUUCCACAUCAGUAUUUUGAGAUGUAUUUGUCUUUGGAAACACAUCUCUCUCUUCCCCCUUGAAAUAUACAGUCCUGUCUAAUCCUGCCUCAUAGACACACUCUCCCCUCCAUGAUGGCAUUAUAUAGUUCAUCAGUAACAGCCUCGUAACGCCCAGCACGACUGUUCAGAAAAUAAAUCUUCUCACUUGCGUCUUGUGGCUUGUAUCCUUCCCUCUGCAGCCGUGUCUUCUGGAUUUUGAAAGUACCUGAGGACAAAAGUGGAAAGUUCAUGUGUGAACUUUCCACUUUGAGUGUGUGUGUGUGUGUGUGUGUGUCACUGUCUCACCUGUCGUGUCAACAGAUGGCAUGAGUCGCAGGAAGACGGGGCGUGCGUAGGAAGGCAGGGCUUUCUGUACAGCGAACAAGAACGCAUCGAGGUCAAACUGGCCUCCUGUGUGAGCUACUGCUGCCAUACCGGCCUUCCCCUCCACACCUGCACGCGAACAGACAGGUGAGGUUAAUAAACAGAAGACACAUUAAGCCCUUAAUCUUUAGUCUUUGUUUGCCCGUCCUGCCUGUCUCGUCUCAUGUCUACCUGGAACAGAAGCUCCAUAGACGGCAACAACAGUGUGUCCCAGCAGGCGGCUGAGGACUCCCUCCACCUCUGUGGUGGAAACGUUCUCCCCUCGCCAACGAAACGUGUCGCCGCUACGGUCCCUGAAAUACAUGUAGCCGUAUUCAUCCAUCACCAGCAUGUCACCUGAGAGACAGCGAUAGACAGACAGAAACAGAAAUGAUAACAAUCGUCAUCAUCGUCAUCCCUGGAGGGGAUCAUAGAGUAGAGGACAAAGACGAAGGUAAAGUCUGUAGUGAUGAUGACUCACCAGUACAGUUUUGACUUUGAUCUGAUAUGAUGGUGAUUCACAGUGUUGUUUGUAAAUGAGGCAAUCAUAGACAGAGAAAUUAAAUAUACAUUUUCUAAUGAUGACUCAUUGUAGUUUGCUUUACUGAAGUAAAACAUAGUGUAUCCUGUGGACAAAGCAUACAUUAUGUUUUACUUCAGUAAAGCUAUGCAAUGCUCUCAGUGUGUCUGUGGGUGUUUGUUUCUACUGCUGUCCUCUGUUCAUUUCAAGGGUUAAAUAAAGUG